CAACCAUCUUGAUACACGAACGUGGAUGCAAAAACAAUGUGGCAACAUGUUAAGCAUUAAAUUUGUUGUUAUUCUAAUGGGAAGCAAAUAGAUUGAGGUUAAGAGAUAUCAUUCAUAAAUUAGAUUACUGUGUAAGUGAUCAGAUGAAUUUGGACUAAGCACAACCACUAAAACACAUUUUAUCAACAUGUGUUAAAGUGUGAACAUGCAGUGAGUGACUGUUUUUUAAGCAUUCUCUUAAUGACCUGUAGCAUCACAACCGUGCCACUUCCAAAAUAUCCAGUCUGCAACUUUGGCAUCGCAGACAGAAUGGGAAGUGCUAAAUGAAUUACAAGGAGAAAUACAAAUGCCGAUCCGUCAGUCAAUUAUGCAAUCAGUUAACCAGAUAAUGAGGAUAAGUGGCAUUCAUGAGCCCUUUAUAAGAGUAAAUCCUUGUCAUGCGAUUGAGAAAGACAUCGCAGCCCGGAGACGCCAUCACAGCGAUAUGCAAGACUGAUUUAUCUGUCAUUUUCAAUUUAUAUGUGACACAUUGGUUGGACAAAAAUAUAAAGAUAGUUCUUUAUCGUUAAGUAAAAAAAAAAAAAAAUCAUCAAAAUGAGGUCAACCCGUGGCACCGAGUUGCCAGAAGACUUCUGGAUACCCAUUCCUCUGGAUACCAACAACAUCACAGCACUCAGCCCUUUCCUGGUUCCUCAGGACCACCUGGGGAGCACGACCACCUUCUAUGCCAUGGCAGUGUUUAUGUUCUUUGUGUUUAUAUUUGGCACCGGCAUCAACGCUCUCACCAUUGCAUGUACUAUCCAAUAUAAGAAGCUCCGCUCUCACCUCAACUACAUUCUGGUCAACCUGGCAGUGGCCAACCUGAUUGUGUCUUGUGUUGGCUCUUUCACCGCUUGCUGUUCCUUUGCAGCAAGGUAUUUUGUCAUGGGAGCACUGGCAUGCAAGAUCGAGGGUUUUAUGGCUACACUUGGUGGUAUGGUAAGUCUGUGGUCUCUUGCUGUCAUAGCUUUUGAAAGAUGGCUGGUCAUCUGUAAGCCACUGGGAAACUUUGUAUUCAAGCCUGACUACGCUGUAGCGUGCUGCAUUUUCACCUGGGUGUUUGCACUGUUGGCAGCGGCUCCUCCGCUGUUCGGAUGGAGCAGGUAUAUCCCAGAAGGACUGCAGUGUUCCUGUGGACCAGACUGGUACACAACAAACAACAAAUACAACAAUGAAUCCUAUGUGAUGUUCCUAUUCUGUUUCUGCUUUGCUGUUCCCUUCAGCGUCAUCGUCUUCUGCUACUCCCAGCUGCUGAUCACGCUGAAACUUGCUGCAAAGGCCCAGGCUGAGUCUGUGUCCACCCAGAAGGCAGAACGAGAGGUGACCCGGAUGGUGGUCAUCAUGGUUUUGGGCUUCCUGGUUUGCUGGCUGCCCUACACCUCCUUUUCUCUUUGGGUUGUCAGCAACCGUGGGCAACAGUUUGAUCUGAGACUGGCGACCAUACCCUCAUGCUUCUCAAAGAGCUCCGCAGUCUACAACCCUAUCAUCUACAUCCUCUUAAACAAACAGUUCCGUUCAUGCAUGAUGGCGAUGCUGGGGAUGGGUGAAGGUGAGGAAAAAACAUCGUCGCAAUCCGUGACUGAAGUCUCCAAAGUUGGGCCUGCUUAGAUCACAAACUGUUCUCUUCCCCAAUCUUAAUGAGUCGUGAAUUGUAAAUAACAGCAACCGCAUGUGAGUGUUUUGCCAUAUUAUAACAAAAUAUUAAUCCUGU